UGGGCGCCGCCAUCUUUUAUCAAGGCAAGGCUGGGAGCAGCGCUAUUGGCCGAGGCGACGGCCCGCGGUGCGUGUCGCGGGGGGGGCGGCAGCAGCAAGAUGGCGGCGCUGAGGUUGUGGCUCCGCGGGGGGAAGAGCGCCUUGAGCCUGCGGACGCGGAGGCAACUGCACAGGACGGCGGCGGCGGCCGCUCAGCUGACCAUUCGAGAUGCCCUGACCCAGGCGAUGGAUGAGGAGAUUGAGCGAGAUGAAACGGUGUUCCUGCUGGGAGAAGAGGUAGCACAGUACGAUGGUGCUUACAAGGUGAGCCGCGGACUGUGGAAGAAAUGGGGAGAUAAGAGAAUCGUCGACACUCCGAUCACAGAGAUGGGCUUUGCAGGGAUUGCAGUUGGUGCUGCUAUGGCUGGCUUGAGGCCCAUCUGUGAAUUCAUGACCUUCAACUUCUCCAUGCAAGCGAUCGACCAGGUUAUCAACUCUGCUGCCAAGACCCACUACAUGUCUGCGGGUGCUGUCCCUGUCCCCGUCGUCUUCAGAGGCCCCAACGGUUCCUCAGCCGGAGUGGGGGCUCAGCACUCGCAGUGCUUUGCAGCCUGGUACAGCCACUGCCCCGGGCUGAAGGUGCUCAGUCCUUGGAAUGCUGAAGAUGCCAAAGGCUUGUUGAAAUCUGCCAUUCGAGAUGAUAAUCCCGUUGUGUUCCUGGAAAAUGAAUUGAUGUACGGUGUGCCCUUUGAAGUUUCUCAGGAGGUUCAGUCCAAAGACUUCCUCGUCCCAAUAGGGAAAGCCAAAGUGGAGAAAACAGGAACCAAUAUCACCUUGGUUGCACACUCCAAAAGUGUGGGCAACUGCAUGGAUGCAGCUGCAGCUCUGGCAAAGGAAGGCAUCGAUUGUGAGGUGAUAAACAUGCGCACCAUCAGACCCAUGGACAUGGAGACUAUCGAAGCCAGCGUGAUGAAGACCAAUCGCUUGGUAACGGUUGAGGGUGGCUGGCCACAGUUCGGAGUGGGUGCUGAAAUCUGUGCCAGAAUCAUGGAAGGCCCAGCGUUCAAUUACCUGGAUGCUCCAGUGGUGAGGGUGACGGGUGCAGACCUUCCUAUGCCCUACGCAAAGAUCUUGGAAGAUAACAGCAUACCUCAGGUUAAAGAUAUCAUUUUUACAGUCAAGAAAAUACUCCAUGUGUAGUGUUAUCGUGCUUUUUACCAGUCUGCCAUCACUAUUUAAAUAACUUCACUGGCAUCCAAUGUAACUUUAGUGUUUAUGUCAUCCUGCAGUUAGAGGUAGAAUGUACAGAAUAUUUGGUGCCAGCAAGACUGUUGGCAAAUAAUGCAUCGGUAAAACGAUACAACAUCAAUAGAGUGGUGGAUCAUUUUCCAGUUGGUGCAUAUUUCAAAUGCUGGCAAGGGGCGAAGUCUGUUUAAUCUGAAGUGUCACGUACCAUCUCACUAACGGGCAAAUGUUAAAA